AUGGGUUCAAGUUUAAGCCACAUCAUAUUCCAACCACCGAAGUCGCCUACAUAUAUCGAUGAUGGCCACUUCAUCUGGCUUCAUACACGCCUAGGGUCUAUUAUACCGUCCUGCUACAUCAACCGUGGUGCACACUUUACUGUGCUAUUCUCGCAUGGAAAUGCUGAGGAUCUUGGUAUGGUGUUGAGGUAUUGGAAGGAGAUGGCUCAUACUAUUAAUGUUAACGUCUUCGCUUAUGAGUAUACUGGGUAUGGUCUUUCAAAGGGACCCUCAAUACCCUCAGAGGACCAUCUAUACUCCGAUGUUGAAGCGGCAUUCAAAUAUCUACGGGAUGUUAUCGGUGUACCAUGGCAACGUACUGUUGUAUACGGUAGGAGUCUGGGGAGUGGACCAAGUGUCCAUCUAGCAUCUGUCACUGCUGUGAGAGGCCUCAUACUACAGAGCCCUGUACUUAGUAUAUUCAGAGUUGGCCUUAGAUUCAGAUACACUCUCCCUGGAGAUUCCUUCCUCAACAUCGACAAGAUCGAGUACGUGUGUUGUCCGGUCUAUGUGGUACAUGGUACUGAUGAUGAGAUAGUACCAUUAUGUCACGGUAAAGCACUGUAUGAACUAGCUAAGCAUAAGGUUACACCUUUCUGGGUAGAGGGAGGUGGUCACAAUAAUCUCGAGAUAUUGGUCAGGGUCACUCAUUACAGGCUUCAACUGACUCUCAUCAGGCGUAUGAUCGAUUCCUAUCUCGAUUGA